UCUGUGGUAAUCAGCAAGAUGGAAUGUGAUCUCCUGGGAGAGAUCGUAUCAUUCUUCAAAAUGAGGCAAAAAGGGCAAAAUAACCUUUGGAGGGGUGUGAGUAAUGGCUUUGUAACACCUAAUAUAUUCCAUUUUUCUGUUAGCCUUUGGUAUAUGUGUUAUUUUUCUUCCUUUUUGGGAAGGGGAAAUAACCACAUGCCAGAAUGUGAUUGAAUAAAAACUGUCAUUCAUGUUGCAGUGGGUUAUGAAAAUAUCCUGGAAAGCCUAAAAUAGUCCAGGGAGACUGAGAAUAACUAUGUGUAUGGCUUCAAAGCCUCAUUAAAAGUCAAUGGGGUCACUCAUUUUGAUUUCAUUCAGAUCUACAGUGAAUGUAAAUCCCUGAAAAUGGAGUGAUAGGUGCUAGAUUAGGAUCAGAUGGGUCCCCACUUCUCCAGGGAGGGCCAUCCCCCUCCUUCUCCCUGCUGGCUAAAGAGAAAACUAUAAAAGACAUGUUUAAAUUGACUCUUUACACUUAUUUUAAUUAUCAGGAAUUCUUUGGGAGAAGUCACACGUCAUCCCAAGAAAACAGGAGCUUCCAGCAGGACUGUGCAGGGUGAGAUCCCUGCAGAAUCCUCAGUGUAAAAGAAUUAUUGAGGUGUUACUGUGGAUAUCACCAUGCCUUUUCUCCUGUGCUUGAAAAGAAAGAAGUCACCUGUGCCUUUAGGCAGGAGUAUCUUUCAGAAACACCCCCCUCUCACUCAGCAGAACUAUCAGGCCUUGCUGGAGACUUGCUUGAAGAACAGUCACCUGUUCACAGAUGACACCUUCCCUGCUCACAUCAGCUCUAUUGGAACUGGAGCACUGCUGAAGAAACUGCCUCCAAAUUUACAGUGGAAGAGGCCACAUGCUUUGCAUAGAAAUCCAGUAUUUUAUGCUGUAAACAGAAAGCAACUUGAUCUCUGCCAAGGACUGGUGGAGAACUGCUGGUUCCUGGCGGCCCUGCAAGCCCUGACAUUCCACCAGGACAUCUUUGCUGCAGUCGUGCCACAAAACCAGAGCUUUGAGAGGAAAUAUGCUGGCAUUUUCCACUUCCAGUUCUGGCAUUUCGGUGAAUGGGUUGACGUGGUGGUGGAUGAUCGCCUGCCUGUGAAUGAGGCAGGGGAGCUGAUCUUUGUUUCCUCAGUCUAUAAGAACGUGUUCUGGGGAGCCCUUCUAGAGAAGGCAUAUGCUAAACUCUAUGGCUCCUAUGAAGAUCUGCAAUUUGGGCAAGUUUCAGAAGCCUUGGUGGAUUUUACAGGUGGUGUUAAUAUAAAGAUCAAGCUUGCAGCAGCUCCUCCUGAUCUGUGGGAUAUCCUGACCAGAGCAGUCUACAGCAGAUCUCUCAUGGGCUGUCAGACACAUUUAGGGGCAACAAAGGUCCUGAAGAAUGGGCUUGUUGCUGGCCAUGCCUACACAGUAACUGGUAUUAGAAAGGUGACCUGUCAAUGUGGACCGGAAAACCUAGUGAGACUGAGAAAUCCAUGGGGAAAAAUUGAAUGGAAAGGAGACUGGAGUGACAGCUCUUACAAGUGGGAGCUGCUGAGCCCAAAGGAGAAGAUUUUGCUGAGGAAAAAGAAGGAUGAUGGAGAAUUUUGGAUGUCUCUGCGAGAUUUUAAGAUUCAUUUUGUAGAUCUGAUGAUCUGUAAGUUAACUCCAGACCUGAUGAGCCAGGAAGAUGGGAAGAAGUGGAUGUACUCCCUGAAGAAGGGGAGAUGGGUUAAAGGAAGUACAGCAGGAGGAAGUCUGGGAUUCCGUAAUGGCACCUUCUGGAUGAAUCCUCAGUAUUGGCUGAAUGUUUUACCAGUUGAAGACAAUAAGAAAAGCCUGGGUUCCUGCAAUGUGGUUAUAUCCCUGAUGCAGAAACACAGCAGCAAACACCGGAACCGAGCUCCCCACCUCUUCAUUGGAUUUUCACUCUACAAGGUGGACCGACAGUACCAAGAAAGCAAUAGAAAGCUGCCCCCAGCAUUCUUCACCCAACAUCAGCCUGUGAACAAGCACAAGGUCUUCCUUGAUGAGCGAGAGGUGACUCAUGACUUCCACCUGGAGCCUUGUGUCUAUGUGAUUGUCCCAUCCACCCUGGAGCCUCAGCAGGAGGCUGAAUUCAUCCUGCGGGUCUUUUCCAGGAAGCAUGUUCUUCGGGAAAUGGGUGGCAACACCACUUUUACCCUAUCUAAGGAAAUUGUAGAUAGGUAUGAGGGCAAGAUCUGGAAGGAUUUCUUCACAAAAUAUUUUGAACAGAAUCCUGAAAUAAAUGCUGUUCAGCUCCAGAGGAUCCUGAAUAAUAUAUCUUGGAGAAAUUUCCAGAGUUUUCACCUGAGUUUCAGUCUGGAUGCCUGCCAGGGUAUCUUGGCGCUCCUGGAUCUGAACACCUCUGGCACGCUGAGUAUCCAGGAAUUCAGAGUCCUGUGGAAAAGGCUGCGUUUCUAUUUGGAAGUGUUCCAGAAAAGAGAUACUAGCAGAUCAGGAAAGCUUGACCUUGUGGAACUGCAUGCAGCUGUACAGGAGACAGGUAUUUCCCUCAGCAAUGAAGUCUGUAAUUUGAUGGCAAUCAGAUAUGGUGACCCUGACUUAAAGAUCCGCUUUGAAAGCUUUGUGUGCUUCAUGCUUCGAGUGGAGAUCAUGGGAGAAGCCUUUCGCAACUUAACACAAGAUGGCAAAGGGAUUUAUCUCCAGGAAUCCGAGUGGAUGAUGAUGACACUGUAUUCCUGAAGCAAUGCGGUAGACGAGGGUACGACUAAGCCUGUACCAGGAUGAGGAAGGCUGCUUUGUAUCAAUUUCCUGUACACUCUGGCUCAGCUCUGCAAUUUACCAUUUAUGAAGAGUCUUCCCCUCAAGCAGACUUGACUCAAUAACCACAGACUUGGUGAACUGGAGUUUUUUGCUACACCAUUGUGGCUCUUUUCCAGAGCACAGCUUAGUCUGGGCACUGAAUGAAACAGAGCUUCAGCAGAAAUGAACAUAUAAUGAAAGACCAUACUCUAAUGCCUUUGUAGGAAGGAGUUACAUUAAGCUUGCAUAGGCAGCUUUCCCUCUGGCCUUUUGUGACUUUUAAGGUGCUUAAUCUCAUAAAUGUCCUUUGAGAGUGUGUAUGAGAUUCAGGAGUGAGGUGGACUGUGGAUAAGAAUGUAAACACAAGCAAAAGGCUGAACUCAGCUGUGUGCUUACUGCUCCACUGAAGCCUGUGCAACAGCAUAAGCAUAUUUAGACAGGAACCCCAUUGCGUGUAAGUGUUCCUAGUCAGGAGGCAUUAAACAGUAAAAACAACAGUGUGCGCUUUAUUCCCCAGAACAGUCUGCUUCUAAACACUAUCAUUCUCAUUCUGUUUUUAUGAGAAAACUGUUAGAACCAGAUAAAUAGAUAGCUGUGUUUGGACUUUUUUAUUACAGAUGAUAUAUCUAUCAUCUAUUGUGCUUGGCCUGCUGUGAUGUCACUGGAGCCAAAGGGUUCAGAUCUGGGAAACAGAGCAGGUUGGAGGGAGCAGGGACACCCGGAGCCCUUGAGCAGCGGUGUCGUGGUGCUGCUGUCCUGCUGGGCUGCUGAAGAGGCUCAGUUAGCAGCUCCCAUCACAAAGCACAUGCCUUCUCCCAACUGUCAUGCCUCUGUUUCCUUUUGUGGCUAGCAGCUGAACAAGGUGGUGUAAGCUAAAUUAGCCUGAUUUAAUUUGCACUCAGCUCAGUGGGGGAUGUUAUAAACACUGAUCUACUGUGUGCAGGAGCAGCACUGGAGGAACCAGAAAGGUUGAUGAGGGAGCGUAGGUCUUGCGUUUCAGCAUGCUCCACAAAAGAUGGUCCCUGGCACCCAGGGGGAUGGCCAGGGGGUUUUGUGUGAGUGCAGAGUGUUCACAGCAGGACUCUGUUGGAUGUGAAGGGAUGAAAACCUAUCAGUCCCAACUGGGUUUGUUGCACAAUGUGUGUAAUCAGCUGAGCAAGAAUCAUGUAAGGCUAGGAGUAGCUCUGCCACAGGCUGUGAGCAAAACUGUGGUGCAGGACACCCAGUUUCAAAUUGCAGCUCAUUAAUAAUGUUGUACAUAUUUUUUUUUCAAAUCAGAUUUUGUAGUUAUUUAUUUCACACCUCUUUAAUGCAGAGCAAUGUAAUUGCAGGCAGAUUAUUUUGCUAUUGAUUACUUGAUCCAGGAAAGAAACAGAAUUCAUCCAUGCCAUGAAUCACUAAGCAUUUGCAGCAAUAAACUUUAUUGAGCCAUGUGACUUGCUGUUACAGAAUUGUAAAGAAUGCUUUACUGGAAUGAUGAGACCAAACUGUGUACAAUUCAAACUGAAUUAUCUGGCUCACAAUACAAUGUUUUUGGCAAGGGCACCUA